AUAUGCAGAUUAUAAAUGGAAGCCAAACAAGAAUAAGUGGUCCUACGAGAGAGAAUAGUGCACCAAUGGAACUAGGCCCACCAAUGGAACUAAGUCGCAGUUGUAUUCCAAGAUCAAAUUCCAGCAAACCAUCAAUACAAACAAGUGAAGGGCUUCUUUGUAACAGCAUGGAUCCAUAUGCAAGUUCAAGAUCAAAGAAAUACCCAGAGUGUGAUCUGCUACCUGUCAGGUCUAGAUGGGUUAAGAAAUCUCGUAUAUUAUCAAACAAGUUGAAAGAAAGGGAACACACAAAAUCAUCAGGAGAUAAAAUGAUGAUUAUUGUGUCACUGCAAAACUUUGAUGGUUCCUGGUCGCCAUCAUCUGAGCUGGAAUCAGGGCUUAAUAUUACCAAAAAGGAUAUGGAAGCUAAAUACAAGGGCAAUAUUUGGUGUACAGCAUUAGUUGUUGCUUUCCUGGAGAAAAAUUUCAGUAAACGUAAAUCUGAAUGGGAAAUGAUUUAUAACAAGGCAAUAAAAUGGCUAACUUCACAACACAGAGAAGACAAGAGUGUCACUCAAAUCAUAGAAGAAGGCAAUGCCAUUAUCAAAACCAUAUAAAAUGUUCAAAUGAUUUAACAUAUAUGUAUUAAGAUUUAACUUCAUAUAAAACCUAUAUAAUCAGUAUGAUCUUCUACUGUUCUUCUCUGAAGGGAGUUUGCUAUGUUCGUGAUAAAAAUUCUUUUAGAAUUGUGGUAUAUUUAAAUGUAUUUAUAAAUUUUACUAUCACACUUUAUGUUAAUUGUAAGAUCAAUUCCAAAUUUAGAUCCUUAAAAUGGUAUUGACAUGGUGUUUUUUUUUAUAUGAACCAUUAUUGUAUUUUGUAUAAGUUUAUCAAUUAAGGCAACUAUUAUAGUUUAUCGAUGUUCAAACCAGAUAUAUAUGCUGAUAUAAAUCAGAAAAAUAUGUUCUGUCAUUAUGUCACCAGAAUCAUUUAAUUUGAAUAAUUAUAUAUAUUUAAUGUUGUAAAUAGGAACAUUAAAAUGUUUUGCUUAAAUUAAUUUGGCUGAUUUCGGAAAUCAUACUUCCACUUCUGUACUCGUACUCUGAACAACAAAUGUUUUAGUUUUGUAAAAAAUGUUUACUUCCGUACUCCUUACAACAAAUUCAUUUCAUUUAAAUUCACCUGUGUACGUUGUUUCAUUUAAUGCCAUAUUAUCCUAGGUUAGAGUUGUCUUUUUGACACUCUUACUACAAACAAACAAAUGUACCAACAAAG